GCCCAUUUUAAAAUUUGCAGCCUUAGUCCGCACAGAAUCGUGUCCCGAACUGGAGUGUGGCAGCGGAUCAGACGCGCAGGGGUUGCAGGAGUUUUAGCGGACGGGAGCAGAAGCAGAGCAGUGGAGAGGGGUCGUGCUCCAGAGGGAAUGAGAUGGUGAAGUUUGGCUUUGGCUCGAAUAGCUCUAUUUUUGUUCACUGAUUGAAUUCACUGUACACAGUCGCUGUACGAUGGCGAAGAGCGCCGAGGUGAAGUUGGCCGUCUUCGGGAGAGCAGGCGUGGGCAAGUCAGCUAUUGUGGUCAGGUUUCUAACCAAGAGAUUCAUCUGGGAAUACGAUCCAACAUUGGAGUCAACCUAUCGCCACCAAGCAACCAUUGAUGAUGAAGCAGUUUCCAUGGAAAUCUUAGAUACUGCUGGACAGGAAGAUGCCAUUCAGAGGGAAAGUCACAUGCGUUGGGCAGAGGGCUUUGUCUUGGUUUAUGACAUCACGGAUCGAAUCAGUUUUGAGGAAGUGAUUUCAUUAAAAAACUUCCUGGAUGAAAUCAAAAAGCCAAAAAAUGUGACGCUGAUUCUCGUGGGCAACAAAGCUGACCUGGACCACUCCAGACAGGUCACCACAGAAGAAGGGGAGAAGAUGGCGACGGAAAUGGCCUGUGCUUUCUACGAGUGCUCAGCUUGCACCGGGGAGGGUAACAUUAACGAAGCCUUCUAUGAACUGUGCAGGGAAGUCAGACGCCGCAAAAUGAUCCAGGGCAAGACAAGGCGGAGAAGCUCCACAACCCACGUCAAGCAGGCCAUCAACAAAAUGCUGACCAAGAUUAGUAGUUAAAUCUGUGGUGGAAAGAAAACUUUUUAGAUACUGAAGAAUACUUAGAAUCAUAUCGCAUAAAAUAGGAAAUAAGCAGUUAAGGGUGUUAGCUUUCCAAGUAGCUUACAUUCUGUUAAAUGGACAAAGCCAAGCAUCCAUCUGACAGAAAAAAGUGAUGUUCUAUAUUAUAUACCACAUUUAAGAGUGCGUGUCAGGCUGACAACCCUUGCUGCGUACAGGUUUACCGAUAACUUACAAGUUGAAAUGGGAUAAAGUGUGGGGGAAAGAAACGAUUUCAGGAUUUUAUAUCUUAUGACGGGUGUACUCAUUUUUGACUUCAACUAAGGUUUCCAAUUCCAUUAGAAUUAAAAGUUUGAGCGGUGCGAUGCACAGGAUAGUGGUCUGCAGAUAAUAAAAUAACUUCCCUUAGCCAACAGAUCAAGAUCUCGUCUUCUACCACAUUAGCUUGGCUGGUUAUGGUGAUGACAAGUCUACAGAUCAGGUUGUCCCUAGAAUCAGUUCCCAGUUUGAACUCAGUAAGCCCAGAGUAGUUGGCAGCAACCCCUGGGAUAGGGGAGGCAGAAUGUUUCUUUGGUCCCCAUUCCCACUUACUCAAUAGCAGCCCUUGCUAGAUGUGUGAAUGUUUGCUCAUUUUGACGACAGGAUUGGAUUUGCUUGUACCCCUCUUCAAUACCUUCCCCCCACCCACAAUAGUCAAACUGACUACCGUAGCUCUUCCUCACUUUCGUUAAUAUUGGGCCAUUGUACACAAAACUGAAGGGCCAUCUCCUCCCAAGGAAUUGGACCCUCGCCUUCUAGCUAGGACCUCAUAAGGACAGGGAAAGAAUUGGAAAAAAUCUUCAUUGUACAUUGAUGUAAUGCCUGUUAAUAAAUGAACAGAGGAAAGACUCUUAAAUUGUAAAUAUAUGUGAGCUGUUUUCAAAUCUUCAAAUAACAUUGGAUCUCUUUAUUGAGUACAAUGUUGGUUAAUUAGAUCCUGCAGUACUGCUGCCUGUUUAUCAUAGAUGCUGCUAAUAAAUGCAGUUUAUGCUUUGCUUGGAAAAGUUGUCAGUCCUUUUAAAUUGAAUCAGUAGUUUUGAAUAUUACGUCCAGGCUUGGUUAUCUCAUGUUGGUUGUUUACACAGCACUUUGUACAAUCAAUAUAAGUAUGGCGUUUUUUGUUAGUUGUUGUUGUGCUUUGUUGAGCUUUCAACGAUAUACAUUAGAUAAUUUAAUCAGUUAUUAAUGUAGCAAACAAUUUCUAAAAAUAUAGAAGGUUUUUAUGUUCUGAGUAAGUUUUCCACAUGUUUUGUUUUCCCAUGGGAAGUAAAUUUAUUGGUUGUUUUAAAAGUGAAUGUUCUAAAUAAUUUUGGUAAAAGAAAUCCGCAUGAGUUAAAUAAAGUAGAAAGAUAAUAUUCUUGUUAGCUCCCACAAUUUACAAAAUUAACACAUUACAAAUCAGAAAUCUCUGUUAAAUGGGAAAAUAUCUAAAUUUUUUUGUUAUUGAACUUAUUUAUCUCUCUGUGGUAAAAAUUUGUCCUCAUGUACAAUGGACUGACUUCUCCAGAGCAUUGGAAAUUUUAAAUACUGAACAAAUGUACAAAAGAUGCCUCCUCAUAUAUUUACUGCCACAUUAUUGUUGUAACUUGCUUUGUCAUGUAAAAUAAAUCCUGAAAUAUUUGCUAUUCUUC